AUGCGGCAGCAAAAUCAACCCGAUCGCAACCCUCGACCACAAAAUCGACCCUUGCAGGUCAUAGAGAGCCGCAGUGUCCAGCCCCGUGAGCCCCGCGCUGGUGAGGUCCACCAUCCCCCGCAGGAAAGAAUCAGCGGCACCCCACGGUACGGCUCGUUCGGCGGCGUGGAAAGCGAGGCGCAGACCGCCGUGGGUGAGCGAGAGGACCUUUGCGGGGGAUAUUCGGGACCGGUUGCGCAUGAGGGUGUUGUGGACGGAGGCGUACAUGUCCGAGAUGGCCUCGGCGGUGCUGGAGAAGGGGGAAAAGGCUUCCCGGUCGUUGAAGAUGAUGUUCCGGCUACCGACGAUACGGUUCCCGGGGGAGAGAUCGUGGCGGGAGUGUCGUCGUAUCUGAGCGUUCGUGGACAUAUGAGAUCAGCGCUCUCGAUUGCUGCAGAGGCUAACAGGGCCGACGGAUACGAUUUUUUCUUUCGGGAGAGCAUGUUGCAACAUAUCCACGGUGCGGUCUAA